CAUAAAUUAUUAUAUUUUUGAGCCUCUUGGCUAUGAUUAAAUAGAAAGUUAACUUCAAAUAUAUAUAAAGCGCGAAGAUCUCAUUGCUGAAAAGAAAAAAGUAGCGUGUAUCUUCGAGAGAUGACAGAUGCAGGGGUGAACUUUCUGGUGGGGAAUUUGUUGGAUCUGUUAAGUGGUAAUAUAGAUCUGAUUAGAGGGGUAGACGAUGAGUUCAAAAAUUUACUGGAAGAAGUGCAACGCCUGAAAGCAUUCCUUGACGAUGAUGCUAAAUUCCACAGCGAGAGCAGUUUAUGGGAUCAAUUGGUGAAAGAAAUUCAAAAAAUGGUACAUAAAUCUGAAGAUGUAAUUGAUAAAUUUCUGAUUCAAUCUAAGCUGCAUCGAGAUAAGAAUAAAGUUGGAAGAUUCUUCGAUGUCGGUCAUAUGGCAGUAGUUAGGGAUCUUGCAGCUGAAAUUAAAGACAUCCAUGAGAAGGUGAAGAAACUUCGGCAAGACCAUACAGAUUCUUUCAGUCCUAAACCACUUCUUGACAUCCCUGAAAAAGCCCACCAAGUAACCCAGGGUCCUUUGGAGGAUGAUGUAGUGGUCGGGUUUGAUGAGGAAGCUAAAGAAGUGAUCGAGCGACUUGUUAAAGGACAGGAAGAAUCACUUGAUAUUAUCCCAGUGGUGGGUAUGGCCGGACUUGGAAAAACUACACUCGCAAGAAAAAUCUGCAAUGAUUCUAAGCUUUCAUUGAAAUUUUGCAGAAUCAUUUGGGUUAAUGUUGGUCUGCAGUACAAAAUAAAGGAUAUUUAUCUUACGAUUCUCAACUUCUUCACAGAACCCAUAGAAGAUCAUUUAGAUAAGGAUGUGGACGCAUUAGCUAAGACAAUAAGUGAUUUUAUGAAUGAAGGAGGAAGAUGUCUCAUUGUUUUAGAUGAUGUGUGGGUAGCAGAAGUAGUUGAUGCUGUCAAGAAAGUUUUCCCCAGAAACAAAAAGGGGGAUCGGAUCAUGCUGACCACGCGUGAUGUAUACCUCGCUACCUAUGCCAAUCGAGAUCCACAUAAAUUGGAGGUUUUGACACCAUCAAAUAGGUUCGAGUUGUUGGAAAAAAGGGCUUUUGGCAAUGGAAAAUUUCCUGUUGAGUUAGUUGAACUUGGAGAAAAAAUUGCACAAAGAUGCGGGGGAGUACCACUUGCAACAGUGCUAAUUGCAGGACUAUUAAGAGGUCUUCGGAACAAAAGUGACUGGGUAAGAGUUGAAAGCAAUGUGCCGCAACAUCUUCAUAACAAUGAUUAUGAUUUUGCUUUAUUUAUAGAGAUGAGUUACGAUCGUUUGCCUGAAGAAAUGCAGACGUGCUUUUUAUACUGUGGUAUCUUUCCUCGGGGCUUUGAUAUCCCUGCUUGGAAAUUGAUUCGUUUGUGGAUAGCAGAAGGGUUAAUAAAGCCCCAGCAGUCAUACACUCUUGAGGAGAUAGCAGAGCUUCAUUUGAACGAUCUUGUUCAUAGGAAUUUAGUUAUAUUGUUGCAAAAGACAGCUGAUGGUCGAAUAAAGACAUGUCGUCUUCAUGACUUGUUGCACAAGUUUUGCAGAACAAUGGCUGCUAACAAAUGGCUUUUUCAAGAAAUAUAUACAACACCUGAUAACUCUCUUCCUAUACAGGACCCAGAUACUUGCCGUCGAUUGUGUAUUCACCCAUCUACUCUGUAUGACUUUCUCUCCACAAAACCUUAUGCAGAACAUGUCAGAUCUUUCUAUUGUUUUUCCUCAAAACAAAAACCAAUCCACUUGUCUCCUACUAACAUCAAACUCAUUCACAAAGCAUUUCCACUUAUGAGAGUUUUAGAUGUUGAAUCUUUCAGAUUUGUUUUCUCCAAAGACUUUAACCAAUUAUUUCAUUUGAGGUAUAUUGCUAUCUCGGGUGAAUUUAAGGCCCUCCCUCCGCCCUUUGGCAAUUUCUGGAAUUUACAAACUCUUAUACUUAAUACAAGUACCUCAGAGCCCACCCUUGACGUAAAAGCAGACAUAUGGAACUUGUUACAGUUGAGGCAUCUGCACUCCAACAUACCUGCAAAAUUGCCGUCCCCUACUAUCACCACAGGUAAACCUUCUUGCCUGCAAACUCUUUCUUUAGUUGCGUCAGAAAGUUGCAAGAAAGAUGUGUUCGCCAAGGCAUGUUUUCUAAAAAAAUUGAGCAUUCGAGGGCAAAUGGCGGCUUUUUUUGAGUCCAGGGGUGGAAUCAGCAAUCUUGAAGAGCUUAAGUGCCUGGAACAUUUGAAACUGUUGAAUGAUGUUCUUUACAUGAAUAAAACAAUUCAUCUUCCAGCAACAUUCUUCAGACUUGUACGUACAGUGAACAAGUUAACUUUGGCAAACACAAGGUUUUCAUGGAGUGAGGCGGACAAGUUAGGGCAAUUGGAAUCCCUUGAGGUCCUAAAGUUAAAACAAAAUGCAUUUGUUGGUAAUUCCUGGAAGCCAAAGGUUGGAGGUUUUCGCAAGCUCCAGGUCUUAUGGAUUGAAAGUUCAGCAGAAUUAGAAUCUUGGGAGGUUUCGGAUGUUAACUUCCCCAUGCUUAGUCACCUUGUUCUUAUCUCUUGUGAUAAGCUCGACGCUCUACCAAUUGAGCUAGCUGAUUUACCUAACUUUCAAGAGAUGAGGCUGGAGAAAAUGAGCAAAGCCAUCGAAUCUGCAAAAGCAAUAGAGGAAAGGAAGACAUCUAAGAGCAUCAAAUUCAAGCUAACCAUAUCAUGUUGAAAGAUGAGAGAAUCAAGGUGACAUUGCUAAUAACAAGUCUUGAUUCAUGAACAAACUUGGGGUACUCUUUAUUUCGUGUCUUUUUUGCAGUCCAUUCAUCUAAUAAACUUGUUCUAGUAAAGAAGAUACUUAUUUAAGUUGUAAUUUGUGUAUUAAAGCUUUGUGAACUUUGAUAAUAAGUGUCCAUUUAUGUUUGAAAUAAUUUUAGCAGAUUUCAAUUAUUUGUUUCACUACAAAAUACAGGUUGAAACCUAGGGCCAAAACCGAAUGACGGCAUCGGUUUUAAGACAAGACAAACUCGACUACGGCAUCCGAAUAUGCUAGGGUUGGUUUAAGAAAACCGAUGGAGUCCCUUGAUUAAACCAAAUUCAAGUAUUUAUUGUGACAUUGAACAAUUCCAGCACUAGUAACCUUUUUUCAACUUUACUACAAUACAAUUUUUUUCUAACAUAUCAGCCAAUUCAUGUCCAAAUGCGCUCGUCUCAUGGACUUGCAUCCUUCUUAGGCUGUAAGUGGGUAUUUAAGAGAAAAUAUAAUACAUACAGUACUAUACAAA